UAGUAAGACCAACGUAGUAUGAAUCAUCAUUGUGUGCGCGCGCAUAGAACUGCACGUCUGUAACUGUAAUCAUAUCUACGCGUUGUUCGUUCGUGUUGGCUAAUCUUUGCAAAGUGUGGAACUGUUGACAAACAGUUUUAAGCAAAAACGAAGAUUAUCGUCUUGUAUAAUCCUCAUUUACGAAACGUACAAUUCUUUAUCUUUCUGAAUGCACAACACAUCGAAUCAUUUAGCAAGAAUCGCGAGUUUCCUUCAUAUACUGCCGGACUAUGGAGAAUGAACAGCAUCACUAUGAAUUACGAAGUGGAAGCAGAUCAAGGUCCCAAACACCUUUGGUUCACAGUCGUGCCUUGCUAGAACCAGAGAUUCCUGAACACCAUUAUGUUAGCCAAAAUCAAAGUCGGGAAAGAUCACGUACACCCGCAGAAAGCACAAGCAGUAAACAAUCUGGUUCCAGAUCUUUGCCUGGAAGUAGCAGUAAACUAAUAAUGGAUACGAUAUUGGAAAGUAGUCAGGACUAUGUAGACAAUCAAAGCAACAAAUCUGAGACUUCUAGUACCUCUACUAGAAAGGUAGAGCGUCGAUCUGAAAGACAAAAGGCAAAGAGAGAAAUAUAUGCAAAUGGACAAAAUGAGAAUAAAGAUAAUUCAUCUACUCGAAAAACUGAGAGGAAACAUAAAAGUGGUCCUUCAGAGAGACUAUUAACUAGUGAUUAUUCCUCGGAAGAAGGUGAACACGAAGACCUGCAUAACAGAUUGGAUACACAUGAAAUUUACACUAAAGCUGGUGAUUGGUGGAACGUGUUUCCAAAAACGGAUUAUACAUAUGCACAAACGUCGACAUGUCGUUAUGAAGUAGCACCUGGCAUACUGGCGAUUCCUAAUAUGUCACGGCGCUCUAUACACUCGUCAGACACUUCUAAUUGCUUAUCACAAUCGGAAAGCGGUAUAUGCCUACCAACAAGUCUUGAAGAAGACACAGAAUUGAGUGCACAAAAUCGUACAACAAAAGUAACAGACGAAAGUCUCACGUUGCUAUCGGGAACACGUGUUUCAAAUUUCGAUGCGAAAUCUCGAGCUCAGUUCACGAAAAAGCACGUUGAACAGUAUCAUUCUCAUAGAGAAGUAGUGUAUGGAAUUCCUGAAAGUUCAACGAAUGUGCGACGAAGGCAAAUAUUCGGUUCCAAUGCGCUAGAAACCAUUGACUCUGACACAGAGCUGGAAGAUGCAGUCUCGAUAUCGUCCAAAUAUACCCAGAGUAGAAAAAUAGCGCAAUUUUUUACAACUACUACAUCUACUAUUAUUUUGUGGUUUAAUAAACUAUUGGAAUUUUUAAAACUCAAGACAGUUAGACGAAGAGAAUACGAUAGAUAUGCUACGUAUAAAUAUCAGAGAUACGCACCCACAUGGUAUAGCAAAUUGUGGCAAUACAUUAGUCACACUAUGGACUAUAUCUAUAUAUGUAUGGUUAAACUAUUCUUCUUUGAUUCAUGGUUGUUGAGCCGCUUAUCCGGUGUUAGAAAAUGGGCGGAGCAAAAAGGCUGUACAGUUCUUUGGAUCGCUUUGCUGCCACUGUUGCUUUUGACUGGUUGUUGGUAUCUUUCGACGUCGUCACCUUCAAUGAAAUUCGCAACGAGACAAAUCAGAGAAGUCUCGGAUCUGUAUACAGUGGAUAAAGUAUCGUUCAGAACAGAGGACGAUUUUAAGUCGAUAAAGGAUCGUUUAGAGGAUCGAAUCACUGACCAAACUACCAAGGUGUUAUUGCUUGAAAAGGAGUUAGAAAAAUAUAAGUUAGGUGAUAUGCACGUCCAUGAAAUCGAAACCAUCAAGUUGCAAGUUCAAACAUUGAAGGAACUGUAUUCGGAGUUAAAAUCGUGCUGUAACACAAACACAAACCGAAUUAAUAACGAGGAUUUGGGGAAACGCAUCGAAACGAUCGUAGCCGAAUACUUUGGUUCUUUGGUAUCAAAAGAAAAUUGGAUUACAACUGAAACGCGUAACGAUAAUGUUACAUCAGACGAUCGUGUACACGAAAUCGUCAAGAAUGCUUUGAGGAUAUACGAUGCGGAUAAAACUGGACGUGUCGAUUACGCUUUAGAGACCGCUGGUGGACAAAUUAUUAGCACGCGUUGCACGCAGAAAUACGAUAUAAAAACAAGAGCUUUCAAAGUACUGGCCUUUACAUUAUAUCAUGAAAACAAUAAUCCUCGAACGGUGAUACAAGGAAAUCCAAUACAACCAGGUGCUUGUUGGGCGUUUCAAGGAUUUCCAGGAUAUCUCUUGAUCAAAUUACGCAGUCCUAUUUAUGUAACUGGAUUUACAGUCGAGCAUGCGCCCAAGUCUAUAUUACCCAACGGAGAAAUGAGAAGUGCGCCUAGAAAGUUCAAUGUCUGGGGUUUUGUUGAUGAAAAUGACCCUGUACCUGUGAUGUUCGGCGACUAUGAAUUCGCAGCCUCGGACGAAAGUUUGCAAUAUUUUCCCGUUCAAAACACUACGAUCGAGAACCCUUACGAAUAUGUUGAACUAAGGGUCCACAGUAACCACGGACAACUCGAAUACACGUGUUUAUAUAGGUUUCGAGUGCAUGGGAAACCGUUUCUACACUGAGAGUACAUACAAGUGUACGUCUUGACACUGCAAUUCAUUAUAUAUAAAAAAAAAAGAAUGGAUUUGCAAGUGUGCUCACAUCGGUCGAGAAUGAGAGCCCUUGUAUAUCGAUAUGUGCCUUCAAGUACCGUUUGAUAUAACAACUGACGUCAUAAUCGCGAGAGAUUUAUUUUGAAAUCAAGUUACCGUUACCAUUGGUAAUUAGGCAGUAGGACGUUUCAGCGUCCGAAGGUAGAGCCGGGUACUUAACUCCGCUUCUAUUAUUUUUUUUUUCAUAUGCGUGUUGUGCUCUCUGUUUUUAAUCGUAACGUUAAGCACAAAAAUAACAACCGUUCUCAAUGAAAAUACAAUGUUAACGAAGAGAUUUUUACACUGCUACUUAAGGAGAAUAUGUGUCAUCGUAAUCAGAGAUAGGCAAAAUUCUUACCUACAUAAAAAUUCCGAAUAACAAAUGAAAGAUGUUUGUUACUUGUUGCAUAAAAGAUAGUAUUUG